AUGACAAUAAUUUUAACAGUAGUACGGCAAGUCGAGGCUGGUAUGGGCGAGGUGCUUGACUCAGUGGAUAUGGCCUGCCAUGAGGAAAUCCAGGUCAGCGAGGAUGAAUUGUAUACAUUCUAUGAAAAUUAUAGGAAAAAGCCCAAAGAAGCUAUAAUGUGUUUAUUAAAAUGUUAUAUGGAAAAACAUAAUAGUUGGAGAAAUGGCACCUUUGAUAAAAAUGGUGCAAUGGAGUAUCUACAAAGCUUGCCCGACUUAAGAUAUCGACAGGCUGCUGUAGAGGAGAUUAUACAUGAUUGUAAAGGCCAAAUAGGUUCCUCAGAAUGUCAUACCGCCUAUUUGAUUAUAGUAUGUAUGACCGAACAUGAAGCUCGUUUGAUGUAA